AUGGACCAAGACGCACCACCGCGUGCCUUGUCCGGAAGCGUGAAUCCAGAUACUGAGGCGAAUAGCCCGCGAUCAGGUCUGGGCAUGGAGGGAAACGAUUGCGUUGAUAUGAUCAAUGAUGUUCCUCCUGACUCAACAUAUAUUAUGACAAAAGAUCAUGCAGCGGCAUUCAAAAAGGUCAUGGAAAAGAGGCGCAUUAUUUGGUGUGACUAUGCAGCCGCCUUUCAAGCAGCUUUGGAAUGUGUCAACACAAAGCAGUCACAAGAUUUUGCGACGAAAUACAUCCCAAGAGCCUUGCCUUUAUUCUGCGGUGAAGGAGACGCCCCUGCAACUCCUUACGGCCAUGGCCCUGCUGUGCCUGGCUCUGCUUGGGAUGACUGGUGCGGGGAGUACAGAAGAAAGGAGGACCAAUCCAAGUAUUUCCAGACUGCGCUAACCUGUGCAGUAAAACUUGUGUUGGCCAGCUUGGACAGGGGAUCUGCUGACUUGAUAGAUGCGCUUGAUUGCGUCCUUGACAUGAACUCGCCCAUAUUCAGCUUUGAGAGGGAUGUUAACAAAGCCUCACAUCGCGUUGCUUUGGAACUACAUGCGGAAUGCAUGAGACUUUGGAAGGAAGGAGGAGGCCCCCAAAAGCGCGUACAGCUUUUAGAGAAAGCUCCUUGGAAGUCGCUCAUCUCGGUUGCGAAAUCGAUCGAUAAUAGCGGAGAGUCGGGGUUGCCUGCAGAAGAGAUAUUGGACAGAAUCGCAAAACGUAUUGAAGAUGCACCGGCCAAGGAAAGCUCAGAAGCAGGGCAAGUGUGCAUUAAUUUAAUCCCACUAUUCAAGAAAACUGCUCCUUUACACGGAACAGGGCUUGCGACAGUCAUUCAGAAUUCGGACAUAAGGAAAAAAUACAAGUAUCGUUUCAAAGAGGCGUUGAAGCAGCUUGCCUUGAAAGGCACCAAAUCAGGCGUUUGGGCACAACGAAGAUCAGCGUUGGUGUCUCUUGAGCAGGUGAUUCGCAACGACAAAGAAUUCAAAUCCUCGAAUGGCCAAGCGUUAUGUGCUUGGGCGCACGCCACGAUUGUGUCGGAAACAUGCAGUUUGCUCUCGAUAAUCGACAUGAAUGAGUAUCGCAUGAACAUUGUGGUCGAUGCCGCUUUCAUGCACGUUGGCAGCGUCAGAGCUGAAGUGCACAAGGUCAUUCUUGCUAUGUUACCAAAAUGGGGGAAAAAGCAAACCAUGAUUGUUUUGAACAGAAUCAUGGACGUAUUUGAUGUUCCAGCUGUGUUGAAGCAAAGUGAUGGCGAAGUCAAAAUCGACACCGUGGCAAGCGAGCCAUCCUCUACAUUCUCAGCGCUGGGUUCGCUCAAGAGGGGAGGUUCAGAUUGCCUGCAGGCUGCAUUUGAGCUUGCAACUGCCAUUUUUGACACCUCGAAGUUACAUGGAUUGUAUGCGACAGUUGAUGUGAUGAUGAAAGGUCGCGCUGUGGCAAAAAGAGCGAUGGAUGUUCUUGUUGCUGCACUCUUGACUCCAUUCUGUGAAGACCAAGAAGUAUUUUCCAAGCUAGUGCAAGAUUCUCUUUUCCAUUGUUUGCAAUCGUCGUGGGGAGAAAGUGACGGUGUUGGAGCAAAUGGACAAGGCAAAUUUUGUAAAGGAUACGUCGCCGAGCUCUGUUGUAACAUUGUGAAAGAUCCGAAUACAUCUCCAUUGGCAAUGAAAGGGGCUUUCGCUGUUCUUGUAGAAGUUAUAAGGCUAUUUCCAAGGUUCAAUUUCGCCCAGCGUGGAGACAAAACCAGGGAGGCUUGCAUUCAUGGUUUGCAGAGUAUGUUCGAUGUUAUUGGUGCUUGCAUGGCCAAUCUAAAAACUCUCAGUCAAGGUUUAGAUGUCAAGGUCAUGGAGAGUGAUGAUGUUCUCAACACUGAAUUAUGGACUAGACUUUCACAAUUGAGAUAUUUGUUAGAAAAUACUUCGGCAGAACAUCAGGACUAUAACAUUAUGUUAGAAGUUCGUCAAGUUGACCAGUUGUGGGAAGCCCUUGGAGGCCCAACAGAGGUGUGUUUGAGGUGGAUCAGGCUUGCAGCAGACUCUGGUGGCAUCUUCUGCAAAGAUGUACAACUUUAUCUAUUUCAAACUUACAUCUGUGGGAGACAGUUGGGAGAAGUGGUCAGAAGUCUGGUUGCAAGAUUAACGGUCCAGCUUUUGUUGGUCGCCGUGUACGUGUUCUAUGGAAGGAUGAAAAGAUGCAUAAUGGCACGAUUUGCCACUAUUCACCGCCGUCGAGCAAUAGAGAUAGGGCUCAACGGCAUACAGUACGAUGGGAUGACACCGGAAAGGAAGAUACUCAUGACUGGACGGACUUGCAUGACUGGCAUUUGUUAG